CGCUCGCAUUUCAAGUUCUUCUCCACAAUUUACAAUACACCAGUAAAAUUACUACCGAGAUUGACACGAUUGCAAGUAUUAAGCAUACUAUAGUAUCGUUGUUAUGUUAAACAUGAUCACCAGAUCCGCGAGUACGUUAUUAUUCCGUGGAGGAAAGAGAAUAACCGUCUUAGAGACGAUAGGUGAACGGAAAGAGGAAGGGCAGUGCAAUACACCCGACAAGCAGUCACCAAGUAUGAUAAAUAGCGAACAGCAAACCAGGAAAACGGUAUCCUUUCCACGCGUUAUUGAGGUUGAUCAACAUCCAGGGCAUCCAGAUCUCUUAUUGGAUGUUGUGACGAACGACAUGCUACUGGAAUUGGACCAGAAGUCAACACGACUAAGGAAAGAAUUCAAGGUACCAAAUGAAAAUCUUGUGAGAAAUAUACUACAAAGACCAAUUUACAGGUGAAUUGGUUCUACGAUAAUUCAACACCAUUUAGAUCGGAUAUACAAGUCCUUUGCCGUCAGAGAUUCGACGAUGGCUUCUACGCAGAAUGUAAUUGGUCCAAUUUUCUUUUCGUGGUUUUCACUACAAGGAUGUCUGCACGUGGACUUAGUCCUGGAGAAUUCGUUUUUCAUGCCCCGCUGUACAACUAUAUCAUAUCGAUGCGCCAGACCGAAGUAUAAGAUCUAAUCGAGUAUACCAAAAUAGUUGCGCUUAACAAUAGGUAUACGCGGAACAUGUUCUCAACGACGAGCGCAACAAACGGCUGACGAAACAAGAGAUUUUUGACAAUCAGUAGAGCUUAUAUGAUCACAUCUAGUUUCAUCACAUCUCUUUCUCACUUAACUAGUAUAAUUAAAUUAAUCGAUUUUCAAUAGUAAUCUAUUGGAGGUUCAAAAUCUAUGUAUAAACUGGAGCCUGAAGACCAGCUUUUUGUUCUUGAUUGACUGAAGUUGCUCUUCUGGCGCCGCGAUACUGUCAAAGCCUGAGGUGUGUCAUAGACUGGAAGAAAAAUACCGCCUUGAAUCAGUACGCUCGAUAUUUCAAUAAAAAUUACGUCG